GGUUCGUAAAAUAUUAUGUCGAAGUUCUGGUUUAGAGUCAUUUUAAUGUAAUCAUGGUAUUAAAAUCUAAGUAAUAGCCAGCUUUACUUUCCGAAUCUAGUUAAGUAGAGAAAUGAACAUGUUCUUAUCCUGAAUCUAGUUAACUGUACCAUAAGAGACUAGUUUGAAAUGAUAUAAUGAAGUUAUUUGGAUAAUAGUAGAUUAACAUGAGGUUUAGUUCACUGUCUUGUUCUCUAUUAUGUCUGGUUUGAUGGUUGAAGAAAGGGAAAAAGACCGAAUUGGAUUGAAAUAUACUACAAGAAGUGGUGUAAAAAGAGAGGAAAAUAUAAAGUGAGGAUUUUGGAUCAAUGGGUAUUAAGACUGAAGAGACACAGGACUUAUCUUUUGUUGCGGGAUAGAAAUUCAAGUCUUAUCAGUCUAAUGAGUUCUGUUGCAGGCAUUAGAAGUAGAUAAAUGCAAUUGCAGUGAUCCAUAAAUUUGGUCACAUAGUAUUGACUGAUAUAGAGGAACUGUAAUGUCUAUGUCUUAUUUCUCAUUAUUGUUGAUAGCAAGUGCAACUGUGGCCUUUAAGUUAGUUUCUGCGCAACUGCGCAACUGUUUAUUUCUCAUUAUUGUUUAGUUCACUUCUAAAAAGAUAUGGCCAAAAAUGUGUUGCUUGCUCUCUUUGGAAAUUGUCAAUGAGUUAUGCAGUGCCUUUCAUGUGUUUAUGUUCCACAUGUCAUCUUGAUCUUUUCAUGACGAAAAAGGCCGGGUUGAAGGAUUGUUAUGUCCAGUUCUUCAGCUGAAUGGUUCCUCUAAUUGUUUUAAUGGGAUAAACUCUGAAAUUGUACAGUAAGCAUCUUCUUUUGCUGGUCACAAACUCUUUCUUCACCAUGCAACAUAACAAUAAUUAUGGUUCCUUACUGUGUUUAUUCACAAAACAAAGUGGAAUUAUGUACAGCUAUCUUAAAACACCAGUAAUAAAAAAAAUCCUAUAUAUGUAACAGUGUUGAACUGGUAUUGCUAUUAUAAACUAGUAUGGAUAUAUGUCUUAAGUGUUGCAACUUGCCAGCCAACUUCUUUUUCCAUGCAUAGGCUUCAUACAUCACUAAAGUGAACAUACUACCUUUUGGAUCCAAUUACUUAUUUUGUUGGUUUUGGAAGUUACUAAACUAUGUGGAUUUUUUUUCUUGUAUAGGCUGUUAAAAAGGGUCGAGAUCCAACACCAAGUAAGGUACAUUUGCACGUCCAUACACACUGUCAUGAUGGAAAAUCUUUUGUUGGUGAGAGAGCCCGAAUCGGUAUGUGAGUCCAACAUUCUAUAAUCUUCUAUAGGAAGUUUCUUUCAGUAGUAUAUUAUGCUUAUACUGUCUGAUUUCACUUCAGUUUUUGUUUGUUAACAAAUAUCUUUUCUGAAAACUUAUAUUCCUUUAGCAGAGUAAAUCAAUAAUUCUGUUGUUGUUUUCUCAAAGUAGGCAGCAUUAUAGCUAAUUUUAGCUAUAUCAUUAUUUAGAGAGUGAUUUUCUUUUUACCAGACCGCGAGCUUGCUUCGUAAUUUAGUUAGACAGUGUCUAAGUGAACCAGAAAGAAGUGAGCGAGGUAGAGGGAAAGGAGUCCUAGAUUGAGUGAGAGUGUUGGUUGAAAGUGAAGCUCAUUAAAACAAGCACAGAACAUUGUAGUGUUUAAUGAUUCCUCAUAAUUUCAGAAACUGCUUUAUAUAAUUAUAUAGAUUGCAGAAUGAAAUAGUUGAUGGUAGAAUCUCAAGGUUAAUCAACUGCCUAAAGUGACUAUACGUUAUUUCGUUGCAGUUAAAAUGAGAAGUUCAAAAAUAAACUGUUUAGUGUAUCACAUAAAAUGGCACUGGUGGAGUACAAGAAUGUAUCAAGUAUAAAGGUCACGCAAUAUUGGCUCGGAGGAAGACAGAAUCCAUCUCAAUGUUUUCAUUUGUGGAAAAAUAUCAAGAAAUACUACAAAAUCAGACACAGACUCAAUCUGAAGUUGAUCAAUGUCAAGCCUAUUACGAAGCUGCAGGAGGGGUAAAGAAAAGAAGAAUAUAUGGUCUUGGAUCUCAAGCACAAAUAUAUUACCGGCUGAAUCUUCGUUCCUCUUCUGCUUCUGAUGCUACAUCCUCAGUACCACCUCCGAAUGCUCAACUAGCAGUGACUGGAAAUUUGGAUGAGUUAGUGACACGAUUAAUUCCUGCACUGACUGAUAGCAUCAUUCCUGAACUGACUGAUCGCUUGCUUCCUAUAAUUAUUGAGCGAGUACGUGGAUUGAGUCCUUCUGUCUCUUCUCAGACAGACACUCCUAAUGACCAUCCAUCAUUUAUGGCACCUAUAGUUCCAGCUCCAGUUACUGCCAACAUUGAUCAAGUUCAUGCAUUGGUUUCUGGUGAUGAUCGUGGCUCUCCAGUCUCUCAUUAGUUAGUUUUGUUGUUUGGACUUUAUGGUUGUUGCAUAUGAUUUUGGAUUUUUGGUUUUGAAUAUCGUUGUGGAUGCUUUGAACUUGAUUUGCAUUCUACUAUGUAUUUUGGACCUUGUAGAAUAUUAGUUUUUGUGAAUUAAGUUAUUAUAUGAGUCUCUAAUAUAUGCUUGGAC